AGUAAUGUUACGUUAUCUUAUGUAAGGUUGACUUUGUUAUGAAUCUCACUCAUUAACAAGACUAAAAAUGAAAGUAUGCAGUAACAAAGAGCCUGUGUUUCACUGAUAAUUGCUAAUUAAGCAGAAUUAUAUUCAUUACAAUAUUUGAUUUCCAAGGUCGUGUGUGAUAAUAUUGAAUAAUGGAGUUGAAAAUUUGUAAAGUGAAUAGUAGCACCGAAGAUUUUGAUCCACAUCGUCUUUUAGAGAUGGGCGUAACACCAGAUCAGCGUUCACAAAGUAAGGCUCAACUGCCAGAUACAAAUAAUUCUAACGAGCAAGUGUUUGGCGAAUAUUUCGAAUAUACGCAUUCCUCAUGCUACAUAUGCAAUGGUUUUUAUGGUCCUUGCUUUGAGGAACCAGUUUGUGCAACAUGCCAUGCAUUUUUAUUUCCUGAAGACAUGAGUCACUCAGAAGCUGUCGCCAUUUUCAGUGAGAAAACUGACGAUGGAGACUCAGGAAAUGAUGAGCCAACUGACCUGUAUUAUGGCCUGGAGAGGCGACAGAGCCAGCAAGAGCCUCCUCCUCUACCACCAUGUCCUCAGCCUCUUGUGGCACCUCCACAACCUGAUUGCCUUACAGAGAGGCUAGAGAUGCUGAGUAGUCCUCGUGAACAAGAUGAUCUCAGUCCAGGAGUGGUUGAGUGUUUGCCUCCUGAAGUACUGCUGGCAGUAUUUUCAUACCUAGAUGACAUGUCAUUGUGGAGUGUUGGUAACGUGUGUAAACGCUGGCGACAUUUGCUUCAUACUCACGUAGCUGGAGAGCAGUGGCGGAUCUACACGAUGCGACGCUGGCCCCUUUUCAAACCUCUGUGUGCAGUUCAGGAUUGGUUCAAAGUAUACACGGAACUGAUUGACAGCUGUCCAUGUAAGGCUUGUUUACGACAGAUGGCUUUACAGUUGCAACCUCCUGGGGAAGAGAAUUCCUGGAGAAGGAAUCGUCUCAGAAAUGAACUUAAAAGUCUGCGUACCGAUCCCCCGGAAGGUAUAGAAGCUGCUCCUCUCGAUCAGAAAUGUUGUCACUGGCAGGCAACCAUAACAGGUCCUGUUGGCAGCCCUUAUGAGGGUGGACUCUUCUACCUGUACUUGCAAGUUCCAUACAGUUACCCUAUGUGUCCACCAAUAGUGCGUUUCCUGACACGCAUCUUCCACCCAAAUGUGUCUCGUCAUGGACACGUUGGUAUUGAUUCCAUUCAACACAAUUGGAGUUUGGCACUCACCAUAUCAAAAGUACUCAUCUCUUUGCAGAGCCUCCUGACUGAUCCAUACUGUCAGGUGUGUAUGGAACCAGCUGUUGGUGAUUUGUACGUGAAAGACCGUUCUGCAUUUGAAGAUAUCGCCCGUUCUUGGACAUGGCGGUAUGCUAUGCAUGAUGUUAUUGGUUCUGUCUGAAGUCGUGAACAUUUCAUUGAUUCAUUUUGUAAUAGAAACGUUUCUGGAAGAAAUAAAUAUUUUCCCCAUA